GGAGAUCCAAGGCGCGGAGGGGCGAGCGCGCGUGCUGCCUGGACAUGGCUGGCUGGGGCGGAAGUGAGAUGCGCAUGGAGGACACCGAGGGGAACACAACUGUCUUCUCCAUCCUGAAAUCCUUCAACACCUUCAUGUCCCAGUAUGAGGAGGAAACCACCAGCCCAGAGUGUCCUCAAGGCACCCUGCAAAAGCACUAUCAGCAAAUGAUGAAGCUGGAAGAGCAGGCCGGGGAGAUCCAUUCCGGGACACGUCUCUUGCAAGUAGAACGGGAGAAAAUGCAAAUGGAACUGAGUCACAAGAGGGCUCGAAUUGAGCUGGAGAAGGCGGCGAAUACGAAUGCCAGGAAUUUUGAGCGGGAGGCCGACCGUAACCAGGAACUCCUCAAGCACAUCAAACAGUAUCAGGAAAGGCAAACUGAGGCAGAAAAUAAGCUUCAGGAACAAAUUGAAAUCAACAAAUCCUGUCAGAAGAAUAUAGACUCUCUGAAUCAAAAGUUGCAGGAUAAGGAGAGCAAGCUGGCGGAAGCGAAUGAAACAAUCAGUGUGCUGAAGGGGAAGAUCUCUGAAUUGCAGUGGAACUUAAUGCACCAGGACAUGCAGAUGAAGAGCCACGAAUCUCAGAAGCAAGAACUGACUGAACGGCUGGAGGAGUCGCACAAAAAAUGGCAAGAGGCCAGCCAGCAAAUUCAGACUCUACAAGUGAAGGAAGAUCUGAUGGCUGAGAAGGAGCAAAGGAUUCAGGAACUAGAGCGAAAGCUCUCCUUGCAAGAACAAGACGCUAUAAUUGUGAAGAACAUGAAGACAGAAUUGGCACAGUUUCCCAAGAUGGAGCAAGAGCUGCAACAGCUCAGAGAGGAGAAUGCUUAUCUUAGGGAAACGAGAGAGAACAACGGAUUGCUCCGGGAAGAGGUGGAGGCUCUGCAGAGCAAGUUGGAGCGCCAUGAGAAGGUUCAAGCAGAAUUGGUGGCCUUGGAAUUGCAGAAGGAGAAACUUCAAGGAAGGCUGAAUACUUGGGAGAAACUGGACCAGAGCACUGGGUUAGAUAUCAAGAGCCCGGACGAUCUCUCUCGGCACAUCAUUGCCCUGCAGGAACGGGAGCUUGUCCUGAAAGAGCAGAAUUCUGCCAUCGCGAGCAGCGCCAGACUGUUGGAGAAAGCCCGGAAGCAACUGCAAGACGAGCUACUGAGGGUCCAGCGCCAGUUCCUGGAGGAGAAGAAAAAACGCGAGCGAUGCGAAGCGACAGUGCGGUGCCUGCAGAAACAAGUGCAGUUGCUCAUCAAGGCACGUGAUGGAAUGCGGGCCAUCCUGGAGUCCUACGACAGCGAGCUGAACCCGUCCGAGCAUUCGCCGCAGCUCAGCUUCCGCGUGCGGGAGGCGGAGGAAAUGGUGCAGAAAGUCGAGGCACACUGUAGUGAGAUGGAGGCUCAGUUGUCCCAAGCUUUGGAAGAAGCAGGGAAUCAGAAGCAACAGACAGACAUGCUGGAGGUAGAGCUGAAGAUUCUGAAGAGCCAGGCACCUGCCACCGAUCCAGGCAUCCUCAUUGCUAGAGAAGAGGUGGAUGCACUCAGAUUAAAGGUUGAGGAGCUGGAGACUGAACGGAGCCGGCUAGAAGAAGAGAAGAAGUCCCUGGAGAUGCAGCUGGAACAGAUGACCCUGCAGGGCUUUCAUGACCCCAGCAAAACCAAAGUGCUCCACCUCGCCCUCAACCCCGCCAGCCUGGCCCGGCAGGAGCAGCUGGAAGAGGAGGCCCGCCUGCGAGAGGAGUGCCAGCGCCUGCGAGAGAUAGUCAGAGUGCUGGAAGGGGGCGGCCCCCUCCCGGAGGACCUCAAGGGGGCCGCCAGCCUCCAGUCGCCCCAGGAGCUCGCCGAACUGAAGAAACAGGUGGAGAGUGCGGAACUGAAAAACCAGCGCCUGAAGGAGGUUUUCCGGACCAAGAUCCAGGAGUUCCGCAAAGUGUGCUACAAGCUGACGGGCUACCAGAUCGACAUGACGACCGAGAACCAGUACCGGCUCACCUCGGUCUAUGCGGAGCACAGAGAAGACUGCCUCAUCUUCAAGGCCUCCAGGUCCUCCGGGGCAAAGAUGCAGCUGCUGGAAACCGAAUUUUCCCAGUCGGUCCGUGAGCUGAUCGACCUCCACCUGCUCCGCCAGGACAGCAUCCCGGCCUUCCUCAGUGCCGUCACUCUCGACCUCUUCAGCCGCCAGACCGUGGCUUAGACUCCGUCCACGGCUGGGCUUUGGCCUUUGCCGUUGGUUUUAUGACCCCCACAGAGUGUGCAUGGCUCUUGGGUGUUACCGAAACAUUGUGAAUAAACAAACAUGUAUUGCAUUUAAUAAACAAUUAAUAAACAAGCAAUACGAGCAA